GUUAUUAUACUCAAUGAUUCAAAUUGACAAUUCUGUUUAUCAAGCUUGAUUCACAUUUAUGCAUGUGCUCAUAUCACUUCCGAUAGCAGUCUGCAGCUUUAACUAAGUUGUUGCAGCCGUUCCAAUUCUAUUACCUUUACCAUUCUAAUACUUUUACAUUUCUCCGUUCCAAGCCAGCUGUAGCCACGGCUCUCACAAUCGAUUUCAUCACAUCACAGCAGCAGUAGCGAAUACAUGUUAUACUCAUGAGAUAUCCUCUAGACGCACCUUUAAUCCCUGAAGAAACUACAAGCACUCAUCGUACCAAAACAUAAUACAAAAGAAAGGGUUCAACCCUGGAAAACACAAUGUCCCGCUCCCGUAGCUCAUUCUUCAGCAACUCUUCAGGAACAAACGAUCAAAAACACCCUCUUCUAUCAAGCGAAUAUGAUUCGCAGAUUGAAAUCAAUCUGCGAGACCUCUCUUCCCCUUCAGCAUCGAGGGCUACACCGAGUCCACCGCCGGAAUUCUAUAGGGAUAUGAGGUCACCUACUAGUGCAAGUGCGAGAACGCUCUCUCCGAGACCAAUCUCGGAAUCGGGAUCUGCGAGUAAAUUUAAAGGGAAUGGGAAGGCGAAGGGAAGGAGAAUACAAUUUGCUGCUCCUCCACCGCCGAUCGUAGGGAGUGUUGCUGGGUUGGGUAAUAUCGGGAAUAUCGGGAGGAGUUUGGAUGGAAGUAGAAGUCCCCAUCUGAGGGGGAGUUUGGUUCGGGAAGGAAAGGGAGUUGGGAUUUUGAAAAGUAUGGGAAGUGCUGUGGGAAGCUCUGCGCAGAAUGACAGUCUUUUGGGGUUGGAAAGGAGGGAACGAGCUUUGCAGGCGGAAUUACAAAUGUUGCUGGAUGCGCAGAGCGAGGGCUUGAUGCAAGGGUUCGGUGGAGGUGGUAAUAGAGAAGAGCACAGUGGAAGUAGCACGCCUACGACAAGGUCAUUACAACGAGACAGAGACAGGCAAGGAGGUAGAAGUACAGAAGGGGCUCAUAUGCGUACAAUUCCUGUUCGACAACCAAAAAGAAAGUCGGUCGGACUAAGAGGAUCGAGAAAAGGAUUGUUAAGGAAUAUGGGUCUGUUAGCAGAUGUUAAAGUUGAGGAAGGGGAGUUGUUAGCAGAAGAAAUCAAGAGGAGAGAAAUAUGUAUUGCGAAAACAAAAGAUUGGAAGAUCAGAAUUGACGAGGUUAAAAGAGAAAUUGGCGAAUUCAUAUCAGCAGACACAAUGAAUACAAGCGUCUCUUCAUCUCGUGAAGAAAGAAACCAAUCUCCACAUGCAAGCAAAUCCGAAGAAGAUCGAGAGAUAGCCGAACUACGAACUGAAGAGCGGGCUGUCGAAAAUGAAAUUCGAGAGACGGAAGAUAGGUUGUUACAAAUGAAAGCCCGGCGGAGCUGGCUAGGAGAUCGGAUUAAUGAAAGAGUUAAUCAGAGAGAAUCGCGAUUGUCUAGUUAUCGUGGUGCUCUGAGGGAAGUGGAAUCAGAAGUCCAGGAAUUCUUGACGAGACCGCCGGCUAUGGUAUCGAUUGUUAUGGGAAAUGAAGAAGGAUUCAUGGCACUACCUCCCAAACGACGUACCUUAGAGAUGGCAGAAGAAUGGUGGAGUAAAGAAAUCAAUUCUUUGCAAGCCAGAAAACUCGAGGUGCAAAGGGAAAAGGAAGCACUAGAAGAUGGGGCAAAGCUCUGGGAAGAAUCCGUAAUGACGGUUGUAAACUUUGAGGAUGAGUUGAGAGAGAAUAUGAAGAGUGGAAAAGUGGGAGAUGUAGAGGGAUUAAAGAUGCAAAUUAGAAAAAUGAAGACGGUGAUAGGAAAGCUGGCUGAAAUGGAAAGGGUGGCAGAGAGCAAACGCUGGAAUUUAUUGGUUGUGGCUGUGGGUGCGGAACUGCAGGCUUUUAAACAGGGAGAGGAAAUUUUGAGAGAGGCGUUGGGGGGUAUGGGUGGAGGGGUUCACGGUGAUGAUUAUGAUUAUGAUCAUGAUAUUGAUAUUGGUAUUGAGAAGGCGGAAGCAAAGAUAGAUAAUGAUAAUAGAAGUAUCGAUACAGAUUUGGAACUAAGAACUACUCACUCGGGAGACGGAGAAUCGACAACCGAUGAUGACGGGUUGAAAGAACUGGAAGCGGAAUUCGCAAGACAGGAAAGAAGGAGAGGGGGGAUGUUGGGAGAGGGAAGAGGGGGUGUGGAUAAAGAGGGUGAUGCGGAUAUGGGUGCGGAUGCGGAUGUGGAUGUGGAAGAGAGUGAUGAGGAAAAACAUCUGAGGGAGUUGAUGGUGGGGCAUAGUAGAGGUGAUGAGGAGAAUGAUACGGAUCAUGAGGGGUUUUGAGGGGAUUGCUUAUUGGACAUUGGGUGUUGGGAUAUACGGUGGUGGUGGUGGUAAUGGCGAGAGGGUUGAGGAUGAAGAUGAAGAUGAAGAUGUAUACAUGUAUGUACUAUUGAUACCACGGUGUGUGUGUUUGUGUGUGUUUGUGUGUGUGUGUGUGUGUGUGUGUGUGUGUGUGUAUUGUGUGUUUUUGUUUUUGUUUUUGUUUUUGUUUCAUCACGCGGUUGAUUGCGUAGAGUUGCUUAUGAGUUAAUGGAUGAAUUUAUAUAUAUAUAACAUACUUUUCUUGCGAAUUCUACAUCA